AUGGCGUCCAGCAAACGAGUGCUGUAUGUCGGUGGUCUGGCAGAGGAGGUGGAUGAGAAGGUGUUACAUGCAGCUUUCAUCCCUUUUGGAGACAUCACAGACAUCCAGAUACCUUUAGACUAUGAAACAGAAAAGCACAGAGGAUUUGCGUUCAUUGAGUUUGAGAUGGUGGAGGAUGCUGCAGCAGCUAUUGAUAACAUGAAUGAGUCUGAGCUUUUUGGACGGACUAUCCGGGUUAACAUCGCCAAGCCCAUGAGAAUCAAAGAAGGCUCUUCUCGACCAGUGUGGUCGGAUGAUGACUGGCUGAAGAAGUUCUCAGGGAAGACCGCAGAAGAGGGUGAGGAGGAGUCGGCAGCGGGAGAAACACCCAACACUGCUGCACAAGAGGGUGAGCCCCCAGCUAAAAAGGGCAGAGUCAAUCCACAGGUCUAUAUGGACAUCAAGAUCGGCAACAAGCCGGCAGGGAGACUACGCUUCCUCCUUCGGGCUGAUAUUGUUCCCAUGACAGCAGAGAACUUCCGCUGCUUGUGCACACAUGAGAAGGGCUUUGGUUACAAGGGCAGCAGCUUUCACCGCAUCAUCCCUCAGUUUAUGUGCCAAGGAGGUGACUUUACCAACCACAACGGCACCGGCGGCAAAUCCAUCUACGGGCGGAAGUUUGACGACGAAAACUUUGUCCUGAAACACACCGCUCCAGGGCAGCUCUCUAUGGCCAACUCUGGGCCGAACAGUAAUGGCUCUCAGUUCUUCCUCACCACCGACAAAACGGACUGGCUGGACGGCAAACACGUGGUGUUUGGAGAGCUGGUGGAGGGGAUGGAUGUGCUUCGUGCAAUUGAGGCUCAGGGAGCAAAAGACGGGAAGCCGAAGCAGAAAGUCAUCAUCUCAGACUGUGGAGAAUAUGUGUAAACAAAAUAAAGUGUGUGCCUUUUUUUGUAUGUGUGUAUGGAGGCAGUGUAUGUCUGAGAGCACGAGUGUGUUCAU